CUUCUCAUCUCGAUCCACCCCCUUCUGCCCUUCUCGCCCUUCCGAGAGAGAGUGCGCGAUGGCCGUCGCGAACGCAUGGGGUUCGGCGGCGCCGCUCCUCCGCUCCUCCGCUCCGCCCUCGAGGGACGUCCACCUCGGCUUCGCCGGCGCGGCCCUCCGCCGCCCCCUCCUCCGGUGCGAGCGCAGCGGCGCUACCCUCUCCUGCCGCUGUAGCACCCCUGCCGUCACGACCGGCGGCGGCGGAGGUGGUUACUCAGACUGGGACUGGAACCGGUGGAGCAGCCAUUUCUCGGAGACCGACCAGGCCGAAAACUUCUUUUCCGUACUCAAGUUUCAACUUGAAGAAGCCAUUGAAAAAGAGGACUUUUCCGAAGCUGCCAAACUGAAGAAAGCUAUUGCAGAAGCAACAUCUAAGGAUGUCGUAGCUCAAGUAAUGUCUGAGCUGAAGAAUGCUAUAGAAGAGGAACGUUAUCAUGAUGCAUCAAAGUUAUGUAGACUUGCAGGCAGUGGGCUGGUAGGUUGGUGGGUGGGCUGGGCAAAGGAUUCUGAUGAUCCUUUUGGCAGAAUAGUACGCAUAACCCCAGGUGUUGGAAGAUAUGUUGCCAAGAGUUAUAGUCCAAGGCAACUUCUCACUAGAUCUACAGGAACCCCAUUGUUUGAAAUAUUUCUUAUCAAAGAUGAUGAUGGGGUAUAUAUAACACAGGUUGUGUCCUUGCAAACUUUGAAAGGAAAAUCAACCCUUUCCCCCUCAUUGGUAUCGAAGGCAACAGAUGAUUCAGCUAUAUAUGACUCUGAGAACUCAUCCAUAGAAGGAAAUCCCGCUAAUGAUGAUGCUGCAGAGAAAGGCAAUGAAGUUGCUGCAGAGAAAGGCAAUGAAGUUGCUGCAGAGAAAGGAAAUGAAGAUGCUGCAGAGAAAGGUGGGGAGGAUAUAAAUUCUAAGGAUUCUACUGAAGAAGGCCUUACAAGUAUUAUAAAUUUUCUCAAGGAGAGGAUUCCUGGGUUUAAAGUGAAAGUAUUGAAUGUUAUUGGGUCGGAGGAAACUAAGGUGGAUACAGAAUCUUUGGAGCAGUUAGUGCAAGAAGAUGAAGAGAAGACCACUGCCAUUGAUGAUGCGAAGGAUGAAACAAGCAAUCUGGAUAGCAUUCAGCGUGAAGCACUGCCAGUGGGUGGGGGUGCUGAUUCAACCGAAGGGAGCAAAAAUACAAAUGUGAAGCUUUAUAUUGGUGGAGUGCUUCAUAACAAAGAGGAUGUUUUGUCAAAAUCAUAUGUACGUGUUCCAGCAGAAAUAGCAGAUUUGGAAAAGGACUCUUUCAUAUUGCAUAUUCCUGGAAGGGGUGCUGAACUUGAUGCUGAAGAAAGAAAAGCUAGAAAAAUCAAAGUUGCAGCUAUUGCUGCUCAAGCAGCCUCAGAUCUUAUGCCUCCUGAUGUUGCCAAGGCAUUCUUGAGUGGGGACAAGGCUACCUCAAAGGUUUCUAAAGAUCUCCGAGAGGUUAUCCAGCUUGCAGUUAGCCAGGCUCAGAGAAGAAACAGAUUGUCUAGGAAUACGGUUUUUAAUCGCAUCAUCACGGACAAUGAUGGUUUAGAUCCGUUUGAUGGUCUAUAUGUGGGAGCUUUUGGCCCCUAUGGCACUGAGGUGGUGCAACUGCAGCGCAAGUAUGGUCACUGGAAUAGUACGGAUGAAACAGAUCAAGACAUAGAGUUCUUUGAGUAUGUUGAAGCUGUAAAAUUGACUGGGGAUCUAAAUGUUCCUGCUGGACAGGUAACAUUUCGUGCUAAAAUUGGGAAGGGGAAUCAGCUUCGAAACCGUGGACUCUAUCCAGAGGAGCUUGGCGUGGUUGCAAGUUACAAGGGCCAGGGAAGAAUAGCAGAACCUGGAUUCAAGAAUCCACAAUGGGUUGAUGGAGAAUUGUUACAGCUCAAUGGAAAGGGCUUUGGACCGCAUGUCAGAGGCACGGAGCUUGGAUUUCUUUAUGUUAUACCUGAUCAAAGCUUCCUGGUGUUGUUCGAGCGUUUGAAACUUCCAGACUGAUGUUGUGCAGAUCAAACAGAUGUUCUUGCUUCGAAUUGGAGUUCGGGAAUGGCAGUAGACAGGCUUUUGAGAAAAGGAGUUCCAGAUACGACAGCUUGUGCUGUUCAUAAUCCUAUAUCAUUUCUUUCUGUUUUAAGUUUAGUAAUGAAGCUUUUUUUCUUCCUCCAAUUUUCCCCCUUUUUUUCUUUUUUCACUCGCUGCUUAAGUGCUCAUCCAGUUAAAUCCAAAGGUACCGAGUAGCAGAAUAUUUUAUGAUGCCAGAAUUCUUAAUUUGUACAUAAUAGCAUGCCCUCCCCUUAUAUUUAUAUGCGAAUGCUAAAUGUUUGUGGAGAUCAUUAUUC